GGGGCCAGGGCGCGCGUGCGCAGUGCGGCGGACAUGCAGUGGGCGCGCGGGGUGCUGCGCAAGGGGCCGCGGGGCGCGGGGCCGGGCGGGGGCGGGGGCGGGGGCGGGGGCGGGGGGCGCGCGGCGUCGGGGGCGCGCGGCCGGGACUGGGUGCUCCCCGCCGGCCACGACACGGGCGUCGCCGUGUACAACAGCCUCACGCGCCGGAAGGACCCGCUGAUCGUGAGCCGCGCGGACGCCGCCUCCUGGUACAGCUGCGGACCCACCGUGUACGACCACGCGCACCUGGGUCACGCCUGCUCGUUCGUCAGGUUCGACGUGGUGCGCCGGGUGCUGAGCCGGGUGUUUGGCUGCCACGCGGUCACUGUGAUGGGCGUCACCGACGUGGACGACAAGAUCAUCCGCCGCGCGCGCCAGGUGGACACGUCACCGGCUUCCUUGGCCAGAUACUACGAGGAGGACUUCAAGCAGGACAUGGCCGCCCUGAAUGUGCUGCCGCCCACGCUGUACAUGCGCGUCACCGACAACGUCCCCCACAUCGUGGCCUUCGUCCAGCGGCUGGUCGCCGGGGGACACGCCUACCCGACGCCCAGAGGUGACGUCUACUUCGACGUGCGGUCCCGGGGGCAGCGUUAUGGCAAGCUGGGCUCGGCGGGGCCCGGGGCGGCCGAGGAGCCAGGAGACUCUGACAAGCGCCACCCCAGCGACUUUGCGCUCUGGAAGGCGGCCCGGCCUCAGGAGCCGUCCUGGGCCUCGCCCUGGGGUCCCGGUCGGCCCGGCUGGCACAUUGAAUGUUCCACCAUCGCCAGCCUGGUUUUCGGGGCACGGCUGGACAUCCACUCGGGGGGCGCCGACCUGGCCUUCCCGCACCACGAGAAUGAGAUCGCGCAGUGCGAGGCCUUCCACCAGAGUCCCCAGUGGGCCAACUACUUUCUACACGCGGGACACCUGCACGUCAAGGGCCAGCAGCAGAAGAUGUCCAAGUCCCUCAAGAACUCCGUCACCAUCAAGGACUUCCUGAAGACCUUCUCCCCGGACACCUUCCGGCUCUUCUGUCUGCGGAGCAGCUACCGUGCAGCCGUGGACUACAGCGAGAGCGCCAUGCAGGACACGGAGAAACAGCUACUGGCCGUGGGCUCCUUCCUGGGGGACGCCCGCGCCUACGUGAGGGGACAGCUAGCCUGCGGGCCCCUUAAUGAGGGGGCGCUGUGGGACAGGCUCAGCCAGGCAGAAGUGGCCGUGCGGGCGGCCCUGGCCGAUGACCUGGACACACCGCGGGCGCUGGAUGCUGUGCUGGGGCUGGUGCGGCUGGGCAACCGACAGCUGCAGGCUGGCACUGAGGCUGCCAACGGCCCCCGCAGCCCGGCCGCGCUGGCCCCGGUGCUGGCCUUCGUGGAGCGCUUCUUUGAGACGGUGGGCAUCUCGCUGGCAGAGCGGCAGUGUUCCCCAGGGGACGGCGACGCCACCAGGCUGCACGGCGUGCUGGAGGAGUUGGUGCGCUUCCGGCAUCGGGUUCGAGAGCUAGCGCUGGACAAGGGACGGCCCCCCGAGAGACAGCUGCUGCUGGACGCCUGUGACGUGCUGCGCAGGGACCUUGCCGCCCAUGGCGUGGGCAUCAAGGACAGGGCUGGAGCAUCCACCUGGGAGCUGUGGCCGGAUCGGCGGGCGGGCGGCUGAGGACUCGGGACGUCAGCGUCACACCCGGCACCCUGCCCAUCUGUCUGCCCUCCGGCGUCCGCCCAGGUCCUGUUCCCACCCGGGGCAGGUGGCUGUCCCCUCGGUGCUGGGGGUGGGCGGACAGACACACGGACUCCUGUGGAGCUGCCCGUGUGGUUUUAGUAAAGAAAGGACGCCAAGUCCACGAGA